AUGUGUAGUGAAAUGGGAAGGCGGGUGGAUGAGAGACAUCUUAUUCUGGCGUUCAUUAAUUCUCUUUUUGCAACAGAUCUAUUGUACACCCAAAUUUUUAGAGUAAAAGAUACAAUUAUAAUGUCGGAAUUACGCGAAUUUCAAGAAGAAUAUAUAGCCCUCGAGGAAAAGCAAAGAGACAUGGAAUCUUACCCUGUUGCAAUAUCAGAUUCGAAAGGUGGAAAUACAAGCUUACUUCCGAGACUCACAAAUGCUGUUGCGAGUACAUCGCAGAGAUAUCAAGGAAAGAGUAAUGCAGUAAUGGAACAAAAAUUAGUGGCUAUGGGCAAUGCAGAUCAAGCAGAGUUUGAAAAAGAAUACAAAGAUAAACAGCUUCAAAAAUAUGGAAGUAAUGAUACAGUUCAGCCAGGCGAAGAGCCACCACCAAGGAGGAUGAGUAAAGAAUUUUGUGUCUAUCACAGAUUCCAUGGUCAUACAACAAGCAACUGCAGAAAUGUGAGGAAGAUUAUAUUGCGAAUUAUCGAGCAGGGGAAGUUAGACCACUUCCUGCUAAAUGAAACAGGAAAUUUACCACCACCACCACCUCAAGGAAAUAAAUACGGAAAGGAAACGGAUAGGAACACAUUUGUUAUUGAGGACUGGCAAAAGCAGAAAAUUUCGUUCAGCGCAAAUGAAGUUCCAGAAGGAAAAGAUUCGCAUGAGUGCCCGUUAGUGGUAAGAUUGGUAAUUAACCCGAAACCAUUAGAAGAAGAUGAAGAAGAAAAUGAGAAAAACACCUGGCCAAUAAAUAGAAUUCUUAUAGACACUAGAAGUUCAGUGGAUAUUCUAUUUUAUCACACAUACAAAACAGUGGGUGGCAGAGACGAUGAAUUGAUCCCCUCAACAUACAAAAUCUAUGGUUUUAAUGGUUUUGCGAACAAACCAAAAAGGGAGGUGACUAUGAGGAUCCUUCUACAAAGCUUACCGACAGAUAUUACAUUUUGUGUAGUGGAUGUUGAGUCACCAUACAAUGCUUUAAUUGGAAGACCAUGGAUGCAUAGUAUACUAGCUGUUGCAUCAACUUUUCAUCAGUGUAUCAAGUUUCAUUUACCUAAGGGUGUUGGAAUUAUAAGAGGGGACACAGUUGAAAGUAAAAGUUGUCAAGAAAUUGAUAUUGAUAGAUGCGAAGCAAGGGAGUCUAAGCGAAGAAAUUGGCAAAAGAAUGCAGCAUAUAGUAAAAGAGCAGAGAGAUUAAUGGUCGAUGUCUGA